AACAACACGUCUUGCAGGGCUACUAGACGACGUGAGAAAGCCUCAUUACAGAUCAGAACGUUCGUUACUCGAGGCGGGACAUUUUGUCGCUUGUUAAAUGCUUUGAAGAAUAAAAUAUAUAUUUACAUAGGUAUAUAUUCAAUAAAUUGAGCAACAAUUAAACAAAGGAAUAAAUUUUUAAUAUAUACGUAAUUGCAUUUUAAGAAACUACCCUCGAACAAUAAAUAUUUAUGUUGUGAACGUAUCAUAUACAUGGAAUUUUAUAAUACACACGAAUAUACCGCCGCGGUGCAGAUUGCUGUUUGAAUAAUUUUUUCAAUUAAUCAUAGAACUUGAAUAAAAAAAAGUUAAAAAAUUAUCGAUAACAAUAACAAUAACAAGGACCGCAAGGUGUUUAGAAAUUUGAUCGCAUAAAUUAUUGUGAAAAGAAAAAAAUGGAUAUUUUACCGACACCUUUAUCACCACCAGCGUCACCCAGGCUUAAACAAAAUCAUCAUAUAGAACCCGUAUCAGUUCCCGCAUCGGGAGGAGUCUUGCAGUUAUCAUUUAGCGUCGCGGCACUUCUGGGAGAUAAAAUAUUCCCGAAGGAUUGCAGUCAUAACGUUAAUACGAGUGCAGCAUCAAACGGGAUGAGCAUCUUAAACAAAUUGACAAAAAAUGGAGAUGACAUUCAUCCCGAAUUACCACCUACUCCACAACCUUCCGAUUGCGAGGACGAUGAACCACCUAAUAAACGAAGGUGUCUCGAAAGAUGCGAACUCGUCAAGCUUUUGAUGGGGACGCCGCCCCCCAGUCCGGAACCAUCGGCGCAAAGAGGAUCGGUAAUAAUGCGGGCGUACCGAGACGGUACUAUAUCACCGGUAACAUGUAUCCCCGAAGAGCCGUCGACGACAAAUCUCGAGGUAACGAAACUGAAGAGAAAAUUAUCGGGAAAGAAGAUAUGCGCUGGAGAUGAAUCAAAUUUCGAGGAAAAAAAGGGUAGUAAAAAAGGCGCUGCGGAUGAAUCGCAAAAAUCCGAUACCAGUAACUCGGUCAGUUGCGCCCCGACAGAGAACAUCUUGAAAAGUAUAAAAUUCAAAAUGAGCAACAGGAAGGAGGAGAUAUUCAUAAACAGUAAAAAUACGGACCGAGAGAUCGUACAGCAGAACGUAAACUCAGGAAUUCAUCAAUCAAAGUUACAAUUAUUAGCACCGAAACCAGCCCCGUCAUCCGCAGUCUGCACGAUGCAGCUAGCUGGUUUGAUAAGUUCACCUUUAGUCCUCCCACAUCAGACGCCAGUCUUACUAGUAACGACAACAACGACAACGGCAGGAGCAAAGUCAAACGGAAACCAACAAUGUUUAACCGGUUCUAUAAUCGAUGGCACAAAAUCUUCGACGUCCGAAUCAUUGUCGAAUAAUUCAUCGGCACAAUCGUCAUCCGCGAUGUUGAGACGCAGGGUUUGGGAAUGCGAGCAUCCGGGAUGCGGUAAAAAUUACUUCAAAUCAUCGCAUUUGAAGGCUCAUACGCGAACGCAUACGGGAGAACGUCCGUUUCCAUGCCCUUACGAGGAGUGCGGCAGAAGAUUUUCAAGAAGUGACGAAUUGUCACGUCACAAACGCACCCAUACCGGUGAAAAAAAAUUCGCAUGUCCGGUUUGUCAAAGAAGAUUCAUGCGGAGUGACCAUCUAGCGAAACACGUCAAACGACAUUCUAGAGACAGAAUUCAAACUGUACAAUUACAACCGAACAAUAAUUCCGGAAAUAAUACGAAUUCUACACCGCAAUUACAUCAGGCUACAACUGCUUUAAGACUAAGUUUAUUACCGGUUAAUAUCGCACCUCGAUCUACAGCCGUCGCGAUAUAAUAAAAUCCAUUUUCUUUGUUAGAUAUCAGCCUUUCAUUUUUUUUCGAUUCUUUCAUUUUAUGUUAGAGGCGGUGAAACGCGAAUGUACACUGACACCGUCCCCUAAAAUUUCAGCGGAGAUAAACAAUAUAUUUUUUUUUCAUUCGAUGUACUUUUUUUCUAAAUGUAAAUUUUCACUUUGUACAUUUUUCUUUUAUUAGGUAUUAAGUAUAUAGUAUGGGGAUUCCACAAAAAAAAAUUAAUCCUCUGAUGAAUGAAACUAUAAUAUUUUGAAUCGCCAUUUUUUUUUUAUAUAAAUGAGAAAAUAUCAAAAGAUGAUAAUUUUUUCGCAUUACAUAAGAUUUACGAUUUGUACAUUCGAUCGGACCACGAGAUUAAAAAAAAGUCUAAUCAAAGACAAAAUGGCGAAGUCACAGAGGCUAAUUAGUGAUUUUUUAUGGAAUGACCUAUAUACCUACAUAUACAUAUAGGUUGUUUACCUUGAUGCAAGGGUGUGACUGUGAUUUGUAUACGUAUAAAUAUACGCAUAUAAUUCGAUAUGCAUGAACAAAAAUAAUUUGUAUAUAGAGAGAGAAAGAGAUAUAUGAAGAAAAUAAGUGAAAAAGAACGGAACAAUGACUGAAUGAGCGCGCAUACCGAGUAAAUAUGAAAAUUAAUGCGAUAUUUAUCAGUGAUUCACUGAUAUUUAAGGACUAUUAAUAAUAAUAUAUUAUUAUUGUAAUAUUGUAAAUAUACAAUUCGAAUUUGAAAAAAUAAGACUUAUUAAGAAUAAUUUCAGUAUAUAUUACACGUGUUUCUUUUUUUCGUUUUUUAUACCUAUUGUGUAUAAAGAAUAUGUAUGUAAUAACAUUUCAAACAUAAAGUGCAAUAAGAAGACUAAUCAAAAAAGACUUGAACACUUUCGUAAAAAAAGAAUAAUAAAAAAGAAUUACAAAAAAGAA